AUGCCUCGACUGAGCGAUGCCUCCGACACCUCGUAUAGCUCUGGAAGCUCUAAGCAAUCAACUGCUGCGAGCUCCCCGAAAUAUUGGGCGCGUAGAAGAACCAUCCCAGUGAAGCGAGAGGUGUGGCAAGAACUCCUUGCAAAGCGCCCAGCCUUCGUGAAACUGGACGAGCGCUUUCGUGGUCCAACGGCCCCAACUCUACAUUUUGGUAUCACCUUCACCAAAGAGCGGAUCAUCAACUGCGCGCGGCGGCAUAACCUCAUACCACCUCACCUCGAAGAGGAGCAAGAUAAUUCUGUGGAUGAGUCUCGGCGCAUCUACGUUCUAGUCGGGGCGGUCAGGUGUUACCUCGAGCGCACUCUGGAGGUUCGGCUCUUCUCAGAAGCUGCAAUUACACCUGGACGGCUGGGUAUCUUUGCACUUUACUCAAAUCAUACUGUCCGCAAGUAUCAUAGGCGGAAGGGGGAGAAGGCGAUCCUGAACUCGAUACGACAAGAGUUGGAUAUUGAGAAGCAGAGAGCGGCGUGGUACUGGGAUAUCCAACAUGGAUCGAGUUAUGUCUGCGAAUAUGAAGAAUUCAACCUCUGA